CCUCAAGCAUCAUCCAACCUCUCCUCAUAGCAUUCCAUGCAUAUAUACCCUCUACCUCUCCGCAUAUCCCCCAGGAAGACACCAUGGCGCCCUCACAAUCAAUAGUGAACAAACUGAAAGUGCAGCUUAAGCUCUCCAUAUCGCGUCUGCGUAUGGUGCAGCAGAAAGACUCGGCGAAAGCGAAACAACAGCGGCGAGAAAUGGCCCAGCUCCUCGAGGCCAGCAAAGUCCAAUCCGCACGAAUACGCGUCGAGAACAUCAUCCGCUCCGACAUCACCACAGAACUCCACGAGAUCCUCGAACUCUACUGCGAACUGCUUCUCGCGCGCAGCCAGCUCCUCGACCCGCCUUCCUCGCCCUACAACUCCCCCUCCUCGUCGCACAACAAUGCCCCGCUCGACCCGGCGCUGGAAGAAGCAGUGCGCAGUAUCAUAUACGCAGCGCCGCGAACCGAAAUCAAGGAGCUAAACACGGUACGGGCCUUGCUGGUCGAGAAGUUCGGCAAAGAGGUCGCUCUUGCGAGUAUGGAGGCGGAGGGCGUUGCGGAACGCGUCAUCAAGAAGUUGAGGAUUGAGACUCCGAGCGCGGAGCUCGUGGACGCAUACCUCACGGAAAUCGCGCGCUUCUACGGUGUUCCGUUCGGCGCCGCUGCUACCUCAAACUCUGACGACGAUGACGAUGACGAACCUUCGGGCGGUAUUGCAGAAAAGGCCGAUGCACAGCCACAGCUCGAGAACCCGCUAGAAGCCGAAUCCGGCGCAAAUAAGGAUGCCAGGAAGGAAGAAGAGGAGGAGGAAUUAGUUAAGGCGACGCCGCCGAAGAUGUUUGGACCGCAGAGCCCCCUCCGGGUUAUGCCGCCGAGCCCGAGCACGGAUAAUAUGGCGCCGAAGUUGAAGUUGCCGGGCGCGGCGACGGCGAAGCUGAAUAAGGCGGAAGCUAAGAAACCAGCGAAGAAGGACGAGGGGCCGGGUGGAAAGAUUCCGGACGUUGAUGAGUUAGCGAAGAGGUUUGCUGCAUUGAAAAGGUGAUUGGGUUUCAUCAUUGGUGAGCUUGCUUUGGGCUAUUUGUGGCGUGUGGGGCCUCAAAGGGCGUUUUGGGGCACGGCUAGGAUUUUUACGAUAUGGGUGACUGGAUUCUAGGGUUGGGGUUUGAUUGAGCUGAGAUAUUCCCCCAUCGGAUGGGGAGAUAUACACUAUUCCACAGUGUAAGAGCAUCUUUUUGGCUAUUCUUCCGGCUUCUCUUGACUCCUCUCUCAAACCGUCUGGGCCGAGGGUAGCGAAUUCCUCCUCAUCCCGUGGUUUUAAGCCCAUGUUCCGUAGAUCCCACCAACUUACCGUCGUCAGCCGUCCUCUUGUCUACUCUUGAGUAUGUCGCGAUGGAGCCGGAUUAGAGGGCAGUGAAAAGAAUUCCGAUCAUCGUAUAGUCGGUAAUUGCGGAGUAAAGCUCUAAGGUAAUUGGAGAAGCAUAUGAUGGACCGAGG